GUUGUUCUGAGCUAAUCUUCCCCAUCGGAUGUGAAAAUGAUACAAUGCUUCCGGCUCGACCGUUCAAUUUUGUCAAAUUCAAAGAAUCAUGUCGGUCAAGGUUUGGAAUUUCGCCGAAUCCACAUACUCCCAUUAGCUUUUUCAAGAGUAAGAAUCUUGUUGAGUCUCUCACGAGAUUUGGAGGAAACAUCAUCUUCUCCAAUGGGUUGAGAGAUCCUUUCUCUAGUGGAGGAAUUUUGGAUGAUCUAUCUGAUACCAUCGUUGUACUUACAACGACAAAAGGUACUAGUUGUCUUGAUUUGACCACCCCAAACAUCAAUUAUGUUGAUACAAAAUGGUUGAUAGAGCAAAGGGAAGCAGAAAUCAAGAUUUUCCGACAAUGGAUCGACCACUUCCACCAUAUUAGUGGAUCAUACACUACAGGUUGUAGUUUGGUUAUUGUUACUUGGGUACAAAUCUUAGUAUUUCUAUUUAUCUACCUAGAUUAGUUUUAAUUUGUAAUAGUCGGGUAAGAAGCUUUUAAUAAAUCAAUCAAUAACUAUAUAAUAAAAGACACACCAAUAAUGAUACAUGUCAUCUCUUGGUAUGUCUUUAUUUUUUAAAUUUUUUUUUUUUUUACAAAAUUAGUGAUACAAAUGUUAUAGAAAUAUCAUGAUUAGUUUUAAUUUGUAAUAGUCAGGUAAGAAGCUUUUAAUAAAUCAAUCAAUAACUAUAUAAUAAAAAACACACCAAUAAUGAUACAUGUCAUCUUCUAGUAUGUCUUUAUUUUUUUAAUUUUUUUUUUCACGUAAUUAGUGAUACAAAUGUUAUAGAAAUAUCAUGAUUAGUUUAAUUUUCUAAAAAUAUACUUCUGAUUCCUUAAGAAUGGUAUGAGAUUAUGAGUCCCAUAUGACAUCUUUUUACAAUGUUUUUUUGUCAAGUUAUCUGAGUAUAUAAUUAGGGGUGAGCAAACCGAAUACCCGGUCAAAAUUUUAGGAUCCGGACCCGGAAUUGGUUGGUACCGGUUCCUAAAAUUUGGAACCGAAAUUGGAACCGAUACAACCGGGUCCUAAAAUUUAGGAAUUGGAAUUGGUUCCAGCAGGUACCGAUUCCGA